GGGGAACGGGGGAUAGUUUCAGCACAAUGCUGCCAACGUACGGAGUGGAUCAUUACUAGAGCGUAGAUUUACUAGAGCUAUUUGAACUGGACCAGCGAUAUUAUUCCCCUUUACACAGUCCGUUCCUUUAGGGAAGAGUCCCGCCGUUUGGGCUGAAAUCUGAGUAAAUGAUUCACUUUCCUCGGUGAAGCUACUUGGCGGAAUCGUCUCAACGUGGGACUAAAAUCUCGCAACGAAUGUGACGACAUUCAGCAACAACUCCUCUGUUUCACCCUUUCGACUCGACUUCCACCACGCGGUAGCUCUCAAAAUCUCGAACAUCAGGGGAGCUGUACAUCACCCUGCCGCAUUCCGCGCCAACAUUUACCCUAUAACUCUCCUCACCGUGUCCCCCACCAAACCUACCACCGUCAGCCAUGUCAGGUGCAUUCACCACUGCCUUCGUGGCGCUAGCAUCACCUGCCGUGUCAGCAUUCCCGGCAACAGGCCCACGGGCCUCACCAACAGCAGCGGUAUCAGCGGCAGCAAUGACAUCAGCCUCUGCAUCCGUGCUCAUGGCAUCCCGGCACUCCCUCAAGCAUCCACUCUCUGGUUCCAUCAGGCGCAAGGGGCAGCAGGCGCAGCUGAGGGAUCGAGGAGUUCAGCGCAGGAACGGAGGAGUGGUGGUGAUGGCGUCUGGUCAGGGUGAAAGCGGACAGGGACGAGGGGAAACGGAAGAGAAACGCCCGCUUUUCAUCAAGGACGAUGGCCCAUACUUUGCGAAAGCCUUUGGUGGAUGUGUGGCGGGCGCUAUUGCAAUCAAGUACGGAAGCCUCUUCAUUGUGCCGCAGCUUACAGAGUCACCAAGCCCGGUUGCUGCCCUUACAAUCAUCUUGACUCCCGUGGUGGUUGCUGCCAUAUUGCUUGCAUAUGCAAGCUCAAGAUCAGACUAACAGAUUAUGGCAUUUGCAUAGUGACAGAAUUUUUUUUGCUUUGCGGUAGGCCUCUAAAUUUUUCGAAGCGACAUACAGCAAUCAUCGGGACUUUGAAAACCAUGUUGAGUUUCUGCCACAA